AGUAAGUAGUAAUUUACUCUUGCCCACCCUUCGGGUGUCUUGCUGGACCUGAAGUUAACGUUACCUCGGGCCGAAUCCUCAGGGCAGCGUCCGGACUCGCCAUCACUCUUCGGGCCCCCCAGCUGGGUGUCGCGAGUACGCUCCAGCUGCGUACCGCGGCUGGUACCCUACACCUGCUGGAGUCUUCUUUUACCCCCAGCUGUGAGGCCGAGACUCCCCGAAUCCCGGAAGACUCUGCACACCUGCUGUGGCCUUGCCCCAUCUUCCCGCAGCUGCGGAUCUGAGCGCUCCCAUGCCGAGAGGCCUGCAACCAGGGCAGGCAAAGGGGUUGGAGAACCUCAAUUCUGGGUUUCCUCAUGGCUGCUGCCCCGAUCAACCCUCAGACAGAAAGGCCAGGAUCCAGCCAUACCUCAAUGGACCCCAGGGGCAUCUUGAAGGCAUUUCCCAAGCGGAAGAAAUUUCAUGCAAAUCCAUCACCAAAAGCACUUGCAAAGAUUCCCAAGAAGGAAGACGGUGAAGGAGCAACAGAGUGGCUGAGCUCCCUGCGGGCCCAUGUGGUGCCAACAGGCAUUGGGCGAGCCCGGGCAGAACUCUUUGAGAAGCAGAUUGUCCAACAUGGCGGCCAGAUACACUCUGCCCAGGCGCCAGGGGUCACUCAUAUUGUGGUGGAUGACGACAUGGACUGUGAGCGAGCCCUCCGCCUCCUUAAACUGCCCCGGCUGCCCCUGGGUGCGCAGCUGGUAAAGUCAGCCUGGCUGAGCCUGUGCUUGCAGGAGAGAAGAUUGGUGGACACAGCAGGAUUCAGCAUCUCCACCCCCGACAGGUACCUGGCCCAACCACAGCUCAGUAAGGCAGACCAAGACUCUGCUACUCCUCCUGGAGCCUGUGAGGCUCUUCUCAGGACAGCCCCCUCUCCUCCCCCUACUCCCACUAGACCUGUAUCUCCUCCCUGGAGAACAGAAGGAGCUCCAAGCACCCAAGCCCAGCCCGGCUCUGAUGAGGAAAGCAGUGAUGGGGAAGAGACCCGGGUUAGUGCAGCUGAUCUGGAAGCCCUGAUUAGUGGCCGAUACCCCGCCCCUCCUGAGGGAGAUGGUGAGCCCAGCCCCGCCCCCGAGGGCCUGGAUAAGUGGGUCUGUGCACAGCCUUCAAGCCAGAAGGCAACCAACCACAAUGCCUACAUCACAGAAAAGCUGGAAGUGCUGGCCAAAGCCUACAGUGUUCAGGGAGACAAAUGGAGGGCCCUGGGCUAUGCCAAGGCCAUCAAUGCUCUCAAGAGCUUCCACAAGCCUGUCGCCUCCUACCAGGAGGCCUGCAGGAUCCCUGGGAUUGGGAAACGGAUGGCUGAGAAGAUCGUAGAGAUCCUGGAGAGCGGACAUCUGCGGAAGUUGGACUACAUCAGUGAUAGCGUGCCUGUCUUGGAACUCUUCUCUAAUAUUUGGGGAGCUGGAACCAAGACUGCCCAGAUGUGGUACCAUCAGGGUUUCCGAAGCUUAGAAGACAUCCGCAACAAGGCCUCCCUGACUACCCAGCAGGCCAUAGGCCUGAAGCAUUACGAUGACUUUCUGGAGCGCAUUCCCAGAGAGGAGGCUGCAGAGAUUGAGCAGACAGUCCGGGAAUCGGCUCAGGCCCUCAACCCCGGGCUGCUGUGCGUGGCCUGCGGUUCCUACCGACGGGGGAAGGUGACCUGUGGCGAUGUCGACGUGCUCCUCACUCACCCGGAUGGCCGAUCGCACCAGGGAAUCUUCAGUCGCCUCCUUGACAGCCUUCGGCAGCGAGGCUUCCUGACCGAUGACUUGGUGAGCCAGGAGGACAAUGGCCAGCAGCAGAAGUACCUGGGUGUGUGCCAGCUCCCGGGGCCGGGGCAACGGCACCGGCGACUGGACAUCAUCGUUGUGCCCUACAGCGAGUUUGCCUGUGCCCUGCUCUACUUCACCGGCUCUGCCCACUUCAACCGCUCCAUGCGGGCUCUGGCCAAGACCAAGGGCAUGAGCUUGUCGGAGCACGCCCUCAGCACAGGCGUGGUGCGGGGCACCCGAGGCCUCAAGGUCACGUCUGGCCGAGUGCUUCCCACCCCGACCGAGAAGGAUGUCUUCAGUUUCCUAGGCCUCCCCUACCGAGAGCCAGCCGAGCGGGACUGGUGACCCAUGGCUGGGCAGAGGGGACAUCCAGCCGGGCCGGCGCCCCACCCGGCCAUCCAGGAUGCACCUCUAGCCUCAGCUGGCCGAGCCGCACUGCUUCACCUGCCAGCUCCCUGGGCCUGACGGGAAAGGCCAGCCUGGCUCCCAGGGUCUGCCCAGCUCUCCCCCGACAAGAGCAGGCUGCGCUGCCUCCUACAACACAGCUGCCCCUGGGAGAGUUUCGCACACGGCCCCUUGCCCCACUUUAAGCAGGAGCAGGUGGCUGGUGUGAGGCCAGCUCCCUGCGCGGAAGACGCAGGCAGCCCCCGUCCCUACGCUGAGGAGGGUCUAGCUGCAGGGGUGAGACGGGGGCUGCAGGGGAAGGCAAGCAGCUGUGGCCCGGCAUUACCCAUGACCCUUUGGAGCAGGAGAACAAGC